AAGGCGAGAGGACGUCGGGACAGCAAGCAGAGGGAAAGCUGAUGAAGAGGAGGGAGGGCUGUCGUCGUCUGCCCUGCUGUACAGCCAUACUGACAGUGAGACACCCAUUGAGCUGAACACACAGCAGGCAGCACCAGAGCUCCACAGAUGAGAGCGGUGCUGCGGUGUGGAGGAAGCCGCCUGUUGGUGCUGUUUCUGGGGCAUGCGGUGGCUCAGAGGAGCGGGGGCCGUCUUCCUCUCUCUGACCAGUCCAUGAAAAGGGCCGACAGGGAUGCACAACGGCGCAGAGGAAACACGGCUUUUAACCAGGACUGCUGAUGCUGCUAAACAUGGAGAGUCGCCUCCUUUAGCGGGAUUAAACACUGAUGUGUCCGGACCGUGAGAUUGUAGAAAGCAGAAGAUUCUUCUACUUUUGUUUGUGUGUUUUUUUUUAACCUUUGAUACAACAACACACAUCUGCAAUGAUGCGGGCUGAGAGCUGGAGACGAGCUGCUGCUGUUGUGCUGUGUUUAGGAUACCUUGUCUCCAGAGCUGUCGCCAAAACAUCACCAGAGGACUCAGCCACCGAAGGCUUCUUUGAGAGAGGGAAACGGUCCAUUGUUUUUGAGGGGAAGUACCAUUGGCAAGAGUCCAGGAAAUGGUCAGACGGCCGUCUCUUUGUGAUUGGCCGGGACGCGGAACGCCGUCUCCGUGGAUUGGAGGCAAAGGGCCUGGCACUGAAACAAACCCAGUUAAAGAGAUGACUGUAGACGGCAGUAAUUAUAACACCGAGGUGACUCUGAAGGUCCACCUGAGCGAUGCCAGCACUCACCAGCCUUUGGGAGGAGCCACCAUACAGCUCUUCGCCAACCACACUUCUGUAACCACAGAAACCUCAUCACUGGAUGGCAACACCUACCUGCGCUUCCCCUACCGCCUUGGGACACCGUUGGUCGUCACCGCAACCAAACAGGGAUAUGUGCCAAACUCUGUGCCCUGGAGUCCUUCCAGAUUACCUGUAUUUUCCUCCAUCAGCCUGGACCUGCUACCAGAAAGAGCUGCUACUCUGACGGUGUAUGAAGAUGUUGUGGAGAUUGUUUCAGGCUUACAAGGUUUGAGACAUCAGCCCAGUGUUCAUUUCCAGCGCAGAGCUCUGAGUCUUCCCUCCAACACAUCCUACGCCAACCUAACUGCUCUGCUCACCGUGGCCAGCUCCCCCUCGCACAUCCAGCACUUUCCCCACCUGCAGGUCCUCAGCGGCAACGGCACAGGGACCGAGAAGAGGUUUGAGUUGACUCCUGUAGCGGCCAUCUCUGUUCACUUAUUGGCCAGCGACGGAGUGGAGCUGCAGGUGACUGAGCCAAUCACGGUCUCCGUCCCGCUGCCGGCCGACAGUGGCCUGAAGGAAAAUGAUCACAUCCCUGCUUGGAGAUUUGACCCGCGCUUGGGUGCCUGGAUAAAGAGCAGUUGGGGUCACGUGCAGCGGGAGGGCAACCAGCUCAGUCUGACCUACAUCGCUCCUCAGCUAGGAUAUUGGGUGGCCGCCAUGUCCCCACUAGACUCAGGUCCAGUGUUUGCGAAGGACAUCAGCAUGUACCACACCGUGUUCCUGUUGGCUAUACUGGGAGGCAUGGCUCUCAUCCUGCUCUGCCUGCUCUGCCUCCUGUUGUACUACUGCAGGCGUCGUUGUUUGAAGCCUCGAGUGUCUCACCGCAAGCUCACACAGUCCUCUGGUCUGGACGGCAGUAAGAGGGACCAAGCCACCUCCAUGUCCCACCUGAACCUCAUCAGCAACGAGGUGCAGCUGGAACUUGUUUCCACAGCGACUGAGCCCGACAUGACCACACCAAUGCUGAAGCCUUCUUCAUAUGAGCACCAAGACAAUCAUCGUCAACACAGCCUAAUCCAUCACAGCAAACACAGCCGCUCCUCUCUCGGCAACAACAGCCACCACGGCUCAUCUCUUGGCAAUCUGACGCCUCGCAGCAGAGACUACCGGCAGUCUGUGGAGACGUUCCAAUUAAAGGCUGCCCUUUCGAGUGGAACAGACAGAGGCUACCGUCAAUCAUACACCUCCGUCUGCUCAUCCAGCAACCCCAUUUCAGAUGCACUGUCGUCAGCCAAUCACGGUCAGGUGUCUGCUAACCAGCUGAGCAGUGUCGGGAUUGUUGAUUGCAUCUCCCCUUCCUCUCCUCCUCACACCCCCAGUCGAGGGGAGGUGUGUGAGUGCAGAGCUCCCGACUACCUUCUGUCCCGCUCUGUGGACCACCUGGAGCGUCCCAGUCCCCCGCUGCUCCCCCGUCCGGGCCAGCUGCUCUGCUGCGGCUCUGUGGACCUGCUGAGUGGAGGAGAAGGCUACCCAAGGGUGCGUCCUACACUGGUGAUCCCAGCACACUACAUGCGCCUGCCUGGGGAGCACCCUCUGUCUGGUCAGGCCCUCCUGCUGCAGACUGACCAGCAGAGUGACUUGGAGACCAUCCAGGCUGAGCUCAAUGCCUCACAUUCCCAGCAGCCCCUGGGGCAAUCCCCCACUGACUGCACCCCACGUCCCAACAAGCAGGGUGAAGGAGGCCUGUCAGGGUCUCUGUCCAUCCCAGCAGCGCUCGGGGAAACAGGUCUAGUGGAAAUAAACAUUGAGGACACCUUGUGGGCUGAAAAGACUUUAAUGGAGCUCAGAGGAGGGAAGCCUCUGCCUCACCCACGAGCCUGGUUUGUCUCACUUGAAGGACGCUCCAACGCCAUUCGUCACUCGUACAUCGAUCUCCAACGGGCGGGGUGCCACGGCAACACGCCAGGUGGAGGAGGUCAGCAAGGUAAAGGCAGCGGCGGGAGGCGCGGCAACAGCAACGACGCCAGUCUGGACUCCGGUGUGGACCUGAAUGAGCUGAGAGUGGGCCGCAGAGGGAGAGACGCAGGGCGGGAGGAAAGAGAGAUUGACCGGUCGAAGGGCACAGCACCAGCCAUGGCCUACACUCAGCUGGUGUAUGUGGAUGAUCUGGACGUGGGAGGCAGCGAGGAGGAGACGCCCAAGAGCAGCCCUCAGGACAGUAUAACAGGACCCAUCCUGUCAGACAAAGCAGAGGCUCAGAGAGGGGAUCAGGGGGAUGCGGAGGAGAAGAGAGUAGAGGGGGUGCAAAUACAAGAGGAACCACCCUCACUUUCCUCUUCAUCCCCCGGUUCUCCUCCUCCCCUGCCAACACCAGAGGGAGAGACGUUCAGGACUGAUCAUACGCUGCUGUCGGUCUCCCCCGAUGACGAUGCAGCUCACGAGGAUGGAGAGGAGGAGAAGAAGAGUCCCUGGCAGAAGAGAGAGGAGCGACCCCUGCUGUCCUUCAACAUGAAAUGAUCCACAGAUGACCACUUCAAGGAUAGGGUCACAUCUUUUCUUCAUAAAAUACUCACAUGCCCAUUUGUACAUUGAAAGCAUUAAUUAGUUGUUUGCUGUAAUUGUUCCUCCUGUACAUACUGGCCCUUCUUAAAGCGACAAAAUCUACAGUCCUCAUUCUGGGCUAAAAUUCAGGCUUGGAGGCUUUAGCGGUCUGAGUUAGUCAAAUCAAGUGGGGAUCUCCCUAAAUUACAGUCUUCUUAGAUGGAUAGAGGAUAUUAUUAAUCGCAAUUAGAAAUUGCAGCGUUCCAGUAAAAACUAAUAAAAACAAAUACCUAAAACUAAAAACGUGAAUUGCCGCAAUUUGAGUAAAAUAUCAAUCAAAAAAUCAGAGUCAUAACUUAGUAACGUCAUAAUACUUAUAUUUUUAGAUUCAGUUUUACUUACACUUGCUGAUAUCAUUGUCUCUGAUGUCCAUCAUUAAUGAAAGGUCCAUAGAUCGACUUAGAAAUCAUUGCAAAAUGAUGCUCCUUAUAACUCCAGAACUUGUCUGAGAAUCAUCACAUAUUUUUAAGUUUUCUUCAGUUUCAAAGUAAUCCAGUGAUAAUUGUCUGUACAUGCAUGGAAACUAGGGCUGCACCGUUGAUUGAAAUUUUAUCGAAAUCGCAAUAUGGCCUGCUGCAAUUUUUAUAUCAUAGGAGGUGCAAUAUUUGUUAAAGGCGAAAUGUGUGUCAAAGUACCAUUUUAAAUUAAAUAUUGUCGUCCUGGCCUACAAAUCUUAUUCUACAGAUUUAAGAAAACAUCUUUGUUUGGUACAGAUACCCGCAAAAGUAACACCAUAAUCAUUUGAACAUGUUUGUCAAUGAAAAUGAGAAUAAUAUUGUAAACAUGAUUAUUACCUCUAAUAUCGUAAAUUGUAUCGCAACUGCAAUAUCAGUAAAAAUAACUGCAAUUAGAUAUUUUUUCAAAACCAUUCAGCCCUAAUGGAUACACUACAAAUGCACAGAACAUCUCUUACUUUAAAACCACUUUAGGACGGGAUCUUGUUGCUACCAGUGUAAACAGGAGGAACAAUUCCAGCAACUAAAAUUAUUCAUAAUGGGCAUGCCAGUUUUGUUUUGAGAAGAAGAAAUGUGAACUUAUCCUUUAAAUACGACUCCCCCUCCUCCGCCAAGACCAUAAUGUGAUGGAUACGACCAUUUAAAUUGAAGCCCUUUGUUUUUCUUAAUAGAGCACUGAGAAAACAUUUCAGCACUGGGAUCCCUUCUAGUCCGAAUCACGAAGGGACGAUUCAGAGCCUUCAUGGACAUCCAUGGUCCCCUUUAUGAAAUCACCACUGUUGUACUCCACUUUGUCAUCCUCACGACGCUUCACAUAAACAGACCACUCAUCAGGAAUGAUGUACACGUCACCCGAGGGAGACGAAUGAACGUUGGAGGCCAGAAAUUUGAAUAUUUUAUGCACAACAAAUAUAUGCCUUUUUUUUAUAAAUAGCCUUGUAAGCAUAAAGGAACUGUUGUAGAAACAGAUGAUGGGUGGUUCUCACAAAUGGAAGACUACAGGAGCCUUUUUUCUUGAGCCAUAUUGGCCUCAGUCCACUGACUGUAAAGAACACACUACACUUCUUUAAAGUGACAAACCUAAUUUUUAAGACUGGGGCAUCUGCGCAGAAUACGGCAAGUGAAUCAGUCUGUUAGGAAAUUAAAAGUCUUUCCGCGUAUCUCCGCACAAGAAUCAGGCCUGACAUCAACAUGCGAAUCCUUUACUUUGAAUGGUUUUAAGCGUGUUGCUAGAAUUGAAUCCAGCCCAUCAGAAGGCCGUAUGGGUGUUUACAUGAUCUACGGAGGGGAUGAAGUGUUUGGACUGAAGAAAUUAAACCACUAUCCGCACUGCAACAGAUAAUGUGACACACCACUAUGCUGGUGGGUAAGGAUGUAAUACCACUACGAAACUGUAGUUCCACCCAAAAUAAUUGUGAGGUGUAAUAAUAUGAAGGGUUUUGUAAUUGUUGAACCACUGACUGGCAUAUUUUUGCUCUGAAGGCUAUGCAUCACUUUUAUACGGCUGCUUGAGAUGAUUUUUUUGUAAUUUUAAUCAGUCUGAUUUUAAUUGCCAACAUGAAGUAUUUUACCCGAAAAUAGGCUAUUUUUAUUUCUUCAAUAUGUUAAGGGCUUUUUUUCUUCACCUGCCUUAUUGUUAGAGUUACAAAAGCAAACACGUUACUGCAUAAGUUUUACCUGAAACCAAACUAUUUUUUGCAUGCUGUGUUUCACCUUAAUUUUACCGUUUCCUCAUGUUCCAAGUGCCUUUGAACAACCUGACUCUACAUCGAAUUUGUGGAACAGAUUACCUUAUUUAUUUCUCACCUUCUUUUGCCUUCAGCUUUUCUCCUCUACCUCAGCCCUCCCUUUCUCUCCCACUUGUGAAAGAAAGCAUGCAGUAAACUUUCCUCCACACUAGCGUAUUACAAGCUACACUGCAGACAUCUCAGAAAAUGUCCACCAGCUGCUGCAAUCGUAAAAUCCUCUACAGUAAUCAGCAAGGCACCAAUCUGUCUUAGAGUAAGCAGUUAAGGAUUUACAGACGUUUUUCAGAGUAGCACGGGAUAGAUAAAGCUAAGUGAUUGUAUGUGAAGCUAAACUGCAGGUCAUUUCAGUGCAUUUUCUUAUGUUUGUGUUUGUAGAGGGUGAAUGUUUGUCUCGAAUGUGGUGGUAGUGUUCGUGUGCGAUGCUGCUGGCUGUGAGUUUGUGUUGUCAGACUGUGUGUCCAUGUGAGAGCGCUGACAAAUAAUCAACAUACAUCCACUCAAGGUUCAUAUAGUCAUAGAAAUCAUAUUACAGAGUGUGUAUACUGUAGUUCUUUCCUUUCCUCUACCUGGUCAAAAUGAUGUGUGAGUUGGUGUUGUGAAUGGCCUCUUCUCUCUCUUAGUAUCUCACAGCAACAUCCACUUCUAGGGUGGAGUUGCAUUACAGCAUCCUAAGUGUGUAACUUGGUUGCUUGCAUUAUAUUUGAAGCCUAUUAUUCUAAAUAAACCACCAAAACUGGAA